GUCGGCAGUCAAAGGUCAGUAAAUAGUGGUGAUGUCAGGCAGGCAAGAUGGCGGAAGGGGAGGACGUGGGAUGGUGGCGGAGCUGGCUGCAGCAGAGCUACCAGGCAGUCAAAGAGAAGUCCUCUGAAGCCUUGGAGUUCAUGAAGCGGGACCUGACAGAGUUUACCCAGGUGGUGCAGCAUGACACGGCCUGUACCAUUGCAGCCACGGCCAGCGUGGUCAAGGAGAAGCUGGCUACCGAAGGCUCCUCAGGAGCGACGGAAAAAAUGAAGAAGGGAUUGUCCGACUUCCUAGGAGUGAUCUCAGACACCUUUGCCCCCUCACCGGAUAAAACAAUCGACUGCGAUGUCAUCACCCUAAUGGGCACACCCUCUGGCACAGCUGAGCCCUACGAUGGCACCAAGGCUCGCCUCUAUAGCCUGCAGUCAGACCCAGCAACCUACUGCAAUGAACCAGAUGGGCCCCCGGAAUUGUUUGACGCCUGGCUUUCCCAGUUCUGCUUGGAGGAGAAGAAGGGGGAGAUCUCAGAGCUCCUUGUAGGCAGCCCCUCCAUCCGGGCCCUCUACACCAAGAUGGUUCCAGCAGCUGUUUCCCAUUCAGAAUUCUGGCAUCGGUAUUUCUAUAAAGUCCAUCAGCUAGAGCAGGAGCAGGCCCGGAGGGAUGCCCUGAAGCAGCGAGCAGAACAGAGCAUCUCUGAAGAGCCUGGCUGGGAGGAGGAAGAAGAGGAGCCCGUGGGCAUUUCACCCACAUCUCCAAAAGAGGCAAAGGUUCCUGUGGCCAAAACUUCUGCAUCCCCUGAAGGAGGACUUGGUCCCCAGAGCCCCUGUGAAGAGACUCUGGUGACCCCAGUUGAGCCCCCAACAGAGGUGACUCCAUCAGAGAGCAGCGAGAGCAUCUCCGUCGUGACGCAGAUUGCUAACCCUGCCACCACUGCACCUGAGGCACCAGUGCUGCCCAAGGACCUGUCCCAAAAGCUGCUAGAGGCAUCUUUGGAGGAACAGGGCCCGGCUGUGGAUGCGGGCGAGACUGGACCCCCACCCCCAGUUCCCUCCAAGUCCCAAACCCCUGCUAGCCACCCCAGCGGCCCAGAGCCCAGGCCUCCAGCCAGAGUAGAGACUCUGAGGGAGGAGGUGCCCACAGACUUGCGGGUGUUUGAGCUGAACUCAGACAGUGGGAAGUCUACACCCUCCAACAAUGGAAAAAAAGGCUCAAGCACGGACAUCAGUGAGGACUGGGAGAAGGACUUUGACUUAGACAUGACCGAAGAAGAAGUGCAGAUGGCACUUUCCAAAGUGGAUGCCUCUGGCGAGCUGGAAGAUGUAGAGUGGGAGGACUGGGAGUGAGGGGAGCCAGAGCGAGCUGCUCCCCCACCCACGGCGCCUCCCACCUCCCUCACUCGUCUCAGCUCGGCCCUGGAAGACACUGACUGAGAAUGUUCCCCAAAUCUCCUCUGCCAACCAGAGCUCUGGGCACAGAUUCUGGGUGGCUCCCUGCUGGCCCUUUGGGCCUCUGCUCACACCUGGGAAGGGGCUCUCUAAAUCCAAGCCAGGAAUUCUGACUUGUGCCAACCAUAGGAUGACCUAAGGGGGAGGACACUGAUCCCCCUCACCAGAAGAGCCUACAUUUUUCUGCUGAAUACCCACGUUCCUGGGGACUUCCUCCUGGGAAGUCCCAAGGGAUAGCUCUGGCCCUUUUGCCUGUGUAGACCGAAGCUAAACCACCAGUCUCUUGAAGGAAGCCGAGACAACACACUCUCCACCCAUAAGCAGGCAAGGAUGGCCACGCCACCUCCCCCUGGCUAAACAGAGAGAGCGAACACAUUUUGGUUCCUAUCCCAGUGGGUAAGAGGCACUCAUCUCUGGGAAAUUUGCCUCUCUUGAGAAUCUCCCCCUCCCAGGCAUUUUCCAUUCCUGGAAAAGUUCCUUGGGGUUCAGAAUCUAGAGACCAAACCGUGACCCACCUCCUUCCCUUCCUCCAGCCCAUGCUGGUACGUCCCCAUGCCUUUCCUAGGGCUUCUUCAUGUCAGAUGCACCCAAGUCCUUAGCCCAGCUGUGCCACCUGCAAGAGUAGUCCACUCUUGCAUUUCUUCCCCUCCCCAAGAAGGGAGGGGGCCACUUCAGGCCCUUCUGUGCGUUGCCUGGCAGGAUACCUUGUCCAACCAGCUACCCACCUCGACUUCCCCGUAGCUUAGGACAUAAGCCAGCUACCAGCGGUACAGAGCAGUGAUCAAAGCAGAGUUCUUACAACUCCGGUGAGCCCAGCUUCUCCGCCUCAACCCUUCUGCGUCUUGAAGGGAUGUGCUGGGAGCGACCUUGAGAUGCUCAGUGGGCUUCUGCAAACACUCUUCUUCCUGAAGACAGACCCAGCCUUUGUGGCUCGCACCCUCCACUCUGGUAAAGCUGCACCUCUCUUGGGGGAAUGAGGGGCUGCAGGAAUCCCUGGAGACCCUGGUGCUUCACGAUGUUGCUCUGGUGAUUCUUGUACAUAAUCUGGUGUGUUCACCAGUGAUUUAAAGGGAUCGUGGUCAGGGACGCCAAGAGAGUGGUGGUCACUUCCACUUCAAACCUUCAGUGAGGGGGUGGGAUGGAGAGAAUGCUGAAUCUUUUUUUUUUUUUUUUGAUGGGAUGGGGUUUUUCUCUUUGUAAUUAUUUCUUUAGUUUAAUUAACCUUUUGGUUGUUUGUGCAAUAUUAUAUAUUUUAAAUUAUAAUGCAUUUCCCCCAGAGUAUUUUGUAGCCGAGAAAAAAAAAAAGGAAAAAGAAAAAAAGAUUCUAACAGCUGUUAGUUUUAUAAUUAAAAAAGAAAAAAGAACUUUGUCCUGAACCUUUUACAGACUUGCCGUUAACAGCAUUAAAGUGAUUCAACAGAAGCUGGAAGGUGUCUGGGGAUCUGUUUCUGUCCCCCACGGCAGUUUCACUGGGCCAGAGUGGGACACACAUGCUUGUGCAGGGGUGGCUUCCACUUGGAGCCAGAGGCAGGUUGAGGGAUAGCCCGGGUCUGGAGGAAGUCCCUUGUCCUCCUCCCAGGUUCAGCUUGGCCUUUGGGGUGAAGAGGGGACAGGGCCCCCAACAGGCUUCUUACCAAGACAAGGAGUCAGGAGGCCAUUUCUGCCCAACACUUCUGCUUUUAUUUGGAAAGGAAGUUGCAGCAACAGUGGUUCCAAUUGCUCUUGGUCAUUUUCCUCCUCUCCUCUCCUCCCCCUGUGUGUGUAUGAUUCUGGGGUCUAUUUUAAUUAACUUUAGUUAAACACCUGUAUGAAAAUCCCUUGUCAGCCAUAAUAAAAGGGAAGUCUGAAUAAGG